GAUACGACUUCGACCAAGCCGCCGCAUGCACUUCAUUUCUGACUUGACAAAUCCCUUUUGAACUCCGGGACCUGUCAUAGUCAUCUACAGAAACGUAAAGCAUACGAAACUCUUAACUACCAACUAUCAAUUCCCACCUCCUUGGCUGCAGAAUUUCAAGAAUCGACCCAAUCCAAAAGACCCAGAAAUCCCACUCUUUGAAAAAGGAACCCUAACCCCAAUUCCCAAUGGCAGGCAAGGAGCCAGAGAUAAUAACAGACAAAAACCAGAUGAGGAAAUGGUCAAGGGCCAUGAGGUCCCAAGGCAAGACCAUUGGCUUGGUACCCACCAUGGGGUACCUCCAUGAGGGCCACAUAUCACUCAUCAAAGAAGCCCACAAGCACACCAACCUCAUAGUCGUGUCAAUCUAUGUGAACCCAGGUCAGUUCUCUCCCACUGAGGACCUUUCCACAUACCCAUCUGAUUUUCAUGGUGAUAUUCAAAAGCUCAUGGCUAUUCCCGGUGGUGUUGAUGCUGUUUUCCACCCCCACAAUCUUUAUGACUAUGCAAAAAGUAAACCCACUGGUGUAAACAAUAAUAGUAGUAAUUGUGAGAAUUCUGGUGGUGGUGAGCCAGAGAGGAAAGGGGUGGUGUCCUGUGUGGAGGAGAGGGGGUUGGGGCAUGAAACAUGGGUAAGGGUUGAGAGAUUGGAAAAGGGUAUGUGUGGAAACAGCAGGCCUGUGUUCUUUAGAGGGGUUGCCACUAUUGUCACUAAGUUGUUUAAUAUAGUGGAGCCUGAUGUUGCCAUGUUCGGGAAGAAGGAUUAUCAGCAGUGGCGAAUUAUUCAGCGGAUGGUUCGAGAUCUUGAUUUUUCCAUAGAAGUGGUAGGUUCUGAUAUAGUACGUGAUAAUGAUGGCCUCGCAAUGAGUUCACGCAAUGUGCACCUAUCACCUGAAGAGAGGGAAAAGGCAUUGUCUAUCAACAGGUCAUUGUCAAGAGCAAAAUCUGCUGCAGAAAAUGGUCAAAUAAAUUGUAGGGAGUUAAGAAACUCGGUCGUCCAAGCAGUAAAUAGCGCUGGUGGAAGAAUUGAUUAUGCUGAGAUUGUAGACCAAGAGACUUUGGAGGCAGUGGAAGAGAUUCAGAGCCCUGUUGUGUUCUGCAUUGCUGCCUGGUUUGGGAAGGUCAGACUGAUAGACAACUUGGAAAUGAAUAUAUGAAACUGAUGGGUUCAAUCUUCUACUCAACAUUGCGCACAGCUGCAUACCUUUGUCUAAUUGUCAAAGGACUCUUUUGUUUAUUUUUCUUAUGGGGAGCUAUUUCUUUACAGGUGCAUCAAUAAUAGAUUCUUUCAUGUUAGGUAUAUCUGACUUCUAAAUCCUGUAAGACACCAUUAAAAGAGCUAUUUAAUGGUUCUUUUCUCUA